UCACUCGCAGUCUGACAGUGUUCUGGUAACCUGUGCCAUGCACAGAGCAGGGUGCACUCACAAGCCAAGCCAUCUGCUUGCAUGGCAUGGGUUAAUCGAGCCUGUGGGAUUGUGCUUACCUAAACAAAACCACUGCAGUGAAGGGAAAAAACAAUGAAUGGGUGGAGAUGAGCAGCCCAAGCGUUCCAGCGAGUGCAGUCCAGGCUGCAAUGACAAUCUGAAGGUUGCAGCAGCAUCAGGAUCUGCAUUCAAAGUGAGCAAAUCUUCCAGUGUGGAGGACUUGUUCAUUUUCUAAGACAUGGCCAGUAACCAGGCCAGCCUUCAAGAUGACCAGAGCCGGCACUGUAAGUUCUUGUCUUAUAUGUUCUACCAGGCUGUGCGAGACCACAAACCUGUGUGGAUGCUGGAAGACAUGAGAACUAUGGAAUAUUUUUACUGGGAGGAGAAUGCCAGCUUGAGAACGUAUUCACCUUCAGAAGCCCUUCUCUAUGCAGUGGUGCAUAAUCACCUGCCUUACGCUCAGUAUCUGCUGUCUCAUUUUCCAGAGGAGGCUCUCAAGGUACCUGGGGAACAUUUCUGCUAUUGUCCAUCCUCUGCUCCUCACUUGGCCAUGGCGGUCACCUAUGACAGGAGAGAUAUUUUGGGGCUGAUCAUCAAAAUUGCGCACAAGAUGCCCAGCUUGAACUCCUACAUCAACCGGACUGGCUGCUUUCAUCUGGAAGAUGGCAAAACCCCUCUGCAUCUUGCCUGUGAAUUGCUGAGGUCAGAGACCGUCCUCAUCCUCCUAGGCAAUGGGGCUUCUCCCAGGAUCAUGGACAGCAAAGGGCUUACCCCUCUGGAUGUCAUCCUGGAGCAAAUGUGGGACUCCAAAGUCAAUGUGGCAUCAAAAAAGCUUUGCCUCGAUUACCUCUUGCUCUUCAUGCCUAAUCCACAGUUUAAGAUGCGGAAAGUCCUGCAGGACCAUCCUGAGCACUGGACAGCUUUGCUAGGGGAAGACAAAUUCAACAGCCUGGUGGGGAACACACCUGCUUCUUUAUACCUGCAAGCUAUGCAAACUAUUCUCCAGUCUCUCCCACCCUCCCACUUCCCUAAAAGCAUCCAGGAACUGCCUAUACCUCAGGCACUAAAGCCCCUACCAUCCUAUGGCAAAAAGCUACAGACAAAAAAUGUGGUAAAUGCUUUUCCUUGACUUUAUUAUUUGGGACUUGGAUUUUCAAAGGCAACUUGAGGGAGUUAGGUGUCCACUUCCCUUUGAAUUGCAAUGCAGUUUUGGUACCUAGCUUCCUGGGGGUCUCAUCUGAAAAUUCAAGUAUUUCAUGAUAAGAUUUUAAAAGGUUUUCUAACUGAUUGUAGGCACGACACUUUUAAAAGCAAAAACCUUCCUUUUUAUGUUGUGCAUGCAAAGGGUUAAAUAGAUUUGAAGGUAUUUUUUUUAAAACCAUGGACCAGAAUCAAUGUAUCUGAAUUUCCAAUAUGCUAACGGUGUCCUGUGUAAAUUGUCCAGAUAGAAGGAAAUUACCUAUCCCCUGGGAUUGUUCAAACACUGUCAAGAAGGGACUGUGUUCUUCCAGACCUAGGGAAAACACUGUACUGUCUCUGACAGUGUUGACAUACCAGGUUUCCUUUGUGAGAAACUGCUACAGCAUGAUCUGGAAACAAUAAAAAAUCCAGGUGCUCACCAUACUGAUGGAAAUGCUUUAUAAGGGGGCAGUGGGUCUGUGUUCUUGUGGAGGGAGCAAAAGCAGAUACAAGAACCAUGAGGAACCUUCCUCUUUCAUUGGGGAUUAAGGGGUUAAAAGGCAAUCCCAUCCCUGCUGCUUCUGUAGAAUUGUGCAAAGGGGAGGGAACCAUUUUCCUUGCUGUCCAGUGAAAAAAUGGAAAUCAUGGUAGUGCCAAUAGAAGUUACAUCUUUAAUGAGUGACAUUAGUCUGGCUUGACUUCGGUUUGGGGGGGGGGGUAUCCCCAAGAGAGUGGCAGUUCUGCCUUGCUGCCUUGAUUUAGACAUUUAGAUCAAAACCACCCACAUCUUGCCAGUGUGAUGUUUUGCUUGGUAUGUUGUUGUGGUUGCUUAAGGCAUGCAGGGUCCAGUUGGCAGCUGCAGGGCUUAAUCCUGAAAAGUGAGGGGUACCUUGUGCUCCCAUUGACUUCAUUGGGAACCAAGGGUUGGAGGCUUUAACACUCUGACAGGAUUGGGCUCUUAGAGCCAAUUCAGCUUGCCUUGCAUUACCAGGAGCACUAUGCUUUAUUCUGAGUCAGUAUUAUUAAUCAGGAAGUCAAUCGUUAAUCAGUCGGUACCUUGCUGUCUGUGGAGAACCCAGCAGUGGAAACUACUUACAUAAUGACACACCAGUGGCAGUGCUCCACUCACACUCCCUGUAGGACCCGUUCUUUAUUUACCUGUAAAUCACAGUCAUUCCAGCCCAUGUUUGCAUUUUUAAAUCUAACUCUUGUAUCCAAAAAAAUCCCAACAAACCCAGCUACAAAAAUUCCCCAUAUUUAUAGCAUGCAGCACAUAGUGUGUGCUCGUCUCCUUACAAUAGAGAAAGUGCUAGGCAGUGUGUGAUUCCUCUGGCCAGUUUUCUUGAGAUCAUGAACAAGACAUGGCACGUAGUAGAGUUUGUGCUACAUCUCUUGUCAAAUAGGAUGGCUACUGUAUGGAUUAACGAUUUGUUUCUCCUACAGUAAAGUAACAAGCCAAAUUCUCAGCUGGUGUGAAUUGGUGCACCUCCCCUGGAGUCAUUAGGAUUGCACCCACUUACGCCAAUAUGAAAUUAUGGGGAGUACCCCUGUGAUACUGGUCAGGGUGCCAGCCACAAGUGGAUGACAGGCUGCUGAAUAUACUGGGGAGUGCCCCUGCUGUAUGUAUCAGAUACAUCCCUGUGAAACAUGCCUGUUGUGCUACCAAAUGUUCUGGGGACUGAAUGUUCUGGGAGCCUCCUGUGCUGCUGAAUACACUGUUUGCUUGUCAUUACUGGUAUAUUGAAAAAAAUGCCGGCACGGCUUUUACAAUAAGGGAUCAGCACUGAAUGGGUUAAUCUCUUCCCCGCAUCAUGCCUUACCAGAGUAUUUUACUCCAAUGACAUCUCCAGGAUUGUAUGAUUCCUUUAUGAUUUACUCCCUUUUUUGGGGGGUGGGGAAGGGAGAGGAAGAGGGAGGGGUUGAAAAAUGGUGUGCACAUGAAAUUGGAUUUUUGCAAAGACACUAUUAGCAUGACAGGCUCUGCGGCACACAGGCCAACGUGGCAGAGAUGGAGGCUAUUGCAGCUGAGAGGUAUCUCACCCCCCCCCACCACCUCCCCCAGCAGCGUUGAGCUGAGGGUAGAUUAGCAUAAAAAGCACUGGCUGGGCCCACCCUGCCUGUCUGCAGAGAGUGUGCAAGCUCCUCCAGCUGUAGCAGCUCAUCAGCCCCACAAGAGACAGGGGAGACGGGGGCCAACAAAGCAUCCAUUUCAUUCCCAAGGCUGACAAACUGACAGAACAAUAGCACGGCUCCUCAGAGUGAGCCGCAUUCUGCUUUCAGGGAAGUCAGUGGGAGCAGGCUGGCGCUCAGCGUUGGCUCUGUCCGCAACGAAGUCGCAGUAUCUAAUUUGGAUGUCAGCAGGGAAGAGGCGGAGGAGGAGGGGGAUGAUAUUAUUAGAAUGCUAAUUAGGCUCCAGUAGCAGGAAUUCAGUCUUGAAAAACAUGGAAGGGAAUUCAUUAGAUAUUUUUAUACUGUCUUGGGUUCCACUAGACCUUCAGCUCUGAACAGAGCUUCAGCAGGAACACCCAAGCUAGGGAGGUGGGGAGGGGAAGGAAUUUUGUGUAGGGAUUGGUCAUGUGAGCAACAUGGUGCUUCCAGGCACACGGGGUGAAAUUCUCAGGUGCAGAGAGGACCAGGGCAGCACUUGAGACACAUCUGGGCCUUAAACAUUGCAGAGGCAUUUGUCAACUCCCUGCUCAGAGGCAAAUUUCACCUUUUGCCAGGUCUAAGCUUGCAAUGCAGUAUUGCUCCGGCUUAUCCAGAUCUUUUCUGUUUGCAAAGUUAGAUUGGUUCAACUGCAGUGUGGAACUUCAUGUGUUUAUGAGUGUUUGAAUGUGGUCACCUUCAGCUGGGUGCACUCUGGAUUAUGGUGUAGUCAGGUGCCUGAUGAAUCUCCUUGUAGGAGUCCUGUGACCAUCACACCAAGACCUUGAACACGUAUGCCUAGGCAAGAGUGUGGAGAAGUGGAGGCUGCCUAAUGCCUACCGUCCCCACUUUAGACCACUGAGACAGACUCUAAAGGCUAAACCAAGUCCAGAUGUUCAGGUCCUCGACAGUUGUAGCUUCUGCCAGAGAGCAGCAGAUAAGAACUGCUGUUGACUCAGCGAGGGUGUGUUUCUGUCAGGGUGAUGUAUGUCCCAUAGCUUUUCUCCACCAAAGGAGUACCCACAAGGCAGUGAGGGCUAGGGUUUUGAGGCACCAUAUACUCCAUGUUGCCACCAAGCCCUCCAGUUGGAUGCAGUUAACAGUCAUACCCAGGACCAUAAUAGGAUAUGAGUCAGCAAUACCUACUAUUGCAGGGGAAAGGAACUUUUCUGUAUUUCAAGCUGUAAGGGAAGGUCUGUGCAUUUUCACAGCAACCAAGGGAUUGUUAAAAGUUGCUACUAUCUAGUGGCUGUGUAGUGGCCUGUGCUCAUCAAGUCGCCAGGCCUUAAGACAUAGAUGAAGCUGGAGGACAGAAGUCUAUACUUAUGCUGACUAUGCAGGCCAUAUUGUGAGGCUGCUUUUGGGGUGGGAUUUCUUUUCUGUUAGAAAGGAAUGGUUUUCUAUCCUGGUUCAUCUGUCCUUAGCAUUGAUCUGCCUGUUUAUUUGUUAUUUUGUUUGUCUUCCUUCUCAGUAAGACACAUUACACCUUACGCAGCCAAAUCUACCUCAGCAUCAUCACACUUGAUUCUUUUUAUUCAAUCUCUUAGUUCAUCAUCCUCUGUAAACCUGCUUACAAACAAAACUAAAAGUCUAGAUCUUUUGUACAGUCCUUCCCUCCAACCUGUCAGUCUCUAGACUUGAAUCUUCCUAGAGGAAAAAUCCCUGCACUUGCAUGAAAAAUACAUACAUUUCCUUUUAGUUUUUACUUUUUAAUCAAAAAGGGUGCUAGGUGCCGUAUAGCAAUGUUUACAUUUGGCAUAAAAAUACACUGAAUGAGUGUAAUUUGAGAUUUUUAUUUUUAAACUGGGGAGGGGGGGAGGGCAAAAGAAAAUAAAAGAGGUAGUGAAAGAGAGAUAGAGAGAAAAUAAAAGGAAAAUAAGUUGAUACCAGCCUCCGGAUUAUCAAUGGGCUUAGCAGGAUAUGACUUUCUUUUUACUUCUGUCUUUGUGAGUCGUGUUAUAAUGAGUACGUGUGUGUGUGUGUGUGUGUGCAUGCGUGCAUGUGUGUGUGUGUGUGUGUUCAUUUGUGUGUGUGUGUGUGUGUGUGCAUGUGUGUGUAUCUGCCCUCUCCAGGACAGACUCAGAACUGCUCCUUUUGGGGAAGUUUCUGGGAUAAUGAAAAAACAUGAGAUACUCAGAUACUAUAGUGAUAAAUGCCUUAAGAAAUCAGCCUCUACAUAUAUAAAAUCAAGCAGGCUUUGCACCACAAGCAUUAUACUGACAAUAGCUAAGGAAGCUUCUUCACAUAAAGUGCCAGUAGCCUGUGCUCUUGAAGCAAGAGAUCUGUCCCUGACCGACAAGUAGCAGUGGUCCACAGCCUCUUGACAGCCAUGAUCAGGCAGCAGCGGCUUUGCUAUUGUGUCACCAUUUAUUUCUAUAUCUUUUUUUUUACUCAAAAUCUUUUAUACAUAGCUCCUAAACUUUCUUCUCUAUUGACAUUUGGUUGGAAGCAUACCACCUCAGUACAGCACUAGGCAGCGGCGUGAUGAUGUUCCCUACCUGCUCUGUGCUGGUUACUUGUUGAGCUGAAGGGAGAGUAGUCCUGCUGAGAAGAAGAACCUACUGGGGAGUGUGCAGCAUCAGCACAAUAAGAUGACUACCCAGUUUCUAGUUCACAAGGUAGCACAGAUGCAGCUAUACUGGAGCACCGUAGAUGCCCCUGCUGAGGCUCUAAAGCCUGUGGGAGUUUUGGUGGAUUUAAUGGAGUACUGCAUCACUGCUAAUACCACAGGGCCAGUUUCUGAAAUCUGUGGCACCUUUUUACUUCUGGAGUGACUCUUCUGAAAUCAAUAGAGUUCUCCUAAGAUUAUUCAGGAGUAAAUAGGAACAGAAUCUGGCCCCCUGGGUACCUCUGUGUACUUCCAGACACUGCACUUUUGACCUCAGCUUUUGACCUCAGCAGAUAAGCAAAUGGUACAGCUAAUCCAUGGAGACUUUUUACAUCAUUAGCAUUUUUUUUUUUAGUAUAUUUUCCAUCUCUCUGAAUGGGAGCUACCUUUGAUGGGCAUUCCCUGAGCUUGUUUUUUUGGGUCCAGUAUGAAGUUGACAACCACUAAUGUUUACUGAUUGAAAUUGAAUCCUGCCGAGCCUAAGGUACAAAUGAAUGUUCAUUGUAUGUUAUGACUUUCUUAUAAAUUAAAGCCAUACUUUGUAAUUUAGGUUUCUCUCUCUCUCUCCUUUUUUUUUUAAAGAAAAUUUAAUUCCAUAUGAUUGUGUUUGUAUAUUAUUCUCUGCAUGGUAAAGAUGACAUGAUUGCAAUGUGUACUGAAAAUAAAAUAUAUAGACACAUAUAAAGAGACACAGUCUCUGAUAUAAAUAUAUCAGCUAUGAAGAUUAUUUAAUCUGACUGUAUUACUGUAAUAAACUUGCAGU